ACCACGUCCCUUGUCACCCCCCCCCCGCCCCAGCACUUUCCAAUAUCCUCCAUAUCCCCAGGACUGCAGCAGAGUCACGGCCGUGACCCCUGCCCAGAUUUACGUGUCACCUCCAGUCUCUCCUAUGGAGCCGUGGCACCCCAAAUUCCCCACCUGACCCCUCCAGGCUCACACCACCCUUGUAUCCCCCUUUCCUGUCCCACUCUGAGCCCCCCUUUGUGCCCCCAGCCCUUUCCUGUAGACUCGGCCCAUGGGGGUCAUCCGCAGGUCCGGGAGUGCAUCCGGCGUCAGAAGCGCAGGGAACUGGACGCGCGACGCAGCAAGUGCCGCAUCCGCAUUGGGGGUCACCUGGAGCGCUGGUGCCGCCUCAAGGAGCAGCUCGGAUUCGCCCUGCACUCCCAGUUGGCCCAGUUCCUCCUUGACAGGUACAGCUCUCAUGGCUGCACCUGGAGCCCAGGAGAGCUGGAGCAGGUCCAGCCAGCUGCCCUGCAGCGCCUGGUCGUGCUGUCCCACGGCCACGGCCAGGAGUGUGGCUUUGUUCCAGACAUCCAGCUGCCAGCACCAGGCAGCGCGGCACCGCUGGUUUGGGAGUGCGUGGCUGGGCACCGCUUCUCGUGGGGUGGCUCCGGGGGUCCCAACAGCCCCUCCCGUGACCCCCUGAAAGCGGCCCAGGGGUGCAGCCCCUCCCUGGGCGCUGGGCGCCGCCAUCUGCUCCGUAGUGCCACGCUGCACUCUGACGAGGCCGGAGGAGAGGGAACGGCCAGGUCACCCCAUGGGGAUCGGGGCGAGGAGCUGGGAGAUGGUGGUGACAGUGGUGGCACAGUGCCCUCCUGUCCCCUUCCAGUCCCCCAGGUACCACUGGAACCGGGGCCUGUGGCAGCAGCUGGCAAGAGCACCAUCCCAGGGAACGAUGCAGAGCCAGGAGAUGAACCCCAAGAGGAAGAGGAGGAUGAGGACUUUGCCGAGGGCGACGAUUUGGCCUACACUGAUGACCUGCGUGAUGAGAACUACCACCCAUCCCUGGACAGCAACUUAGAGCCACAGCGACGCCAGAGCCAACCCAAGGCCCGCAAGAAGCCAGUCAAAGAGGAGCAGCCCCUGCUUGAGCCACCCCUGCCCAGCUCUGUCUCCUUGGAGGAGAAGAGCCGACGUGUCAGCCACAAUUCCUCUGUCUGUCGUCCCCUGAAAGACAGGCUCAGCGCCAGUCCCAUCCCAAAUUCUUCCCCAGCAGCUCCAGAACCAUCCUGGAUGCAGCUGAAAGAGGGACCACCCUUCCUGGAGACCCAAUCCCAGCGAAGUUGCCAGCGGCAGCCACGGGCAAGUGACAAGGACGUGACCCAGAUCGGCCCCAAGAGGAUCAGGAAGGCAGCAAAGCGCGAGAUCCUCCUGUGCGACUUUGAGGGCUGCGGCAAAAUCUUCUCCAACCGCCAGUACCUGAAUCACCACCAGAAGUACCAGCAUGUGCACCAGAAAACCUUCACCUGCUCCGAGCCCAGCUGUGGGAAAUCCUUCAACUUCAAGAAGCACUUGAAGGAACACGAGAAGCUGCACAGUGACAAGCGAGAUUACAUCUGUGAGUUCUGUGCACGCUCCUUCCGCACCAGCAGCAAUUUGAUCAUCCACCGACGGAUCCACACCGGGGAGAAGCCACUCCAGUGUGAGAUCUGUGGCUUCACGUGCCGCCAAAAAGCCUCCCUGAACUGGCACAUGAGGAAACACGACGCCGACUCCUUCUACCAAUUCCCGUGCGACAUCUGCGGGAAGAGGUUCGAAAAGCGGGACAACGUCACCGCCCACAAGAGCAAGAGCCACCCCAGGGGGGUCGGGGGACCCCCCCAGCCCCAGGGAAUCCAGCAGCACCUGGAGCCCCCCCAGCCGACGGAACCUCUGGAGCUGCUCGGGCAGGUCCUGGGGAGUGGGGGGGAUACAAGGAGGACCCCACUGGAGUAUGGGGGGGGGGAUGUUGGGCAGGAUCCAGGUACGCCCCAGGGCAGGGGGAUGGGCAAGGGGGGGUCCUAGAGGGCUCGUUCGUCCCCCAGUUUGGGGACCGGAGCAAAAUCGGGAUCAAUGGUGGACCCCGCAGCAGGCUCCAGGUGCCAAAAACACAUGGGAGAGACUAAAUGGGGGAAAAUCCCAGUUUUUCAGCCAAAUCCCAGCUGAAACCCCAAGUUUUCAGCCAAAUCCCUGGUGCAAAUCCCAGUUUUUCAGCCAAAUCCCUGGUGCAAAUCCCAGAUUUUCUGCCAAAUCCCCUCAAGCCCAGCGGUAUUGCCACAGGUGGAUCCUCA